GGAAACUCGCUUCUGUGGAAAUGAAACUUUGUCGUCUGUCUGUGUGAGAGUGAACAACCGUCCAAAUGGCUCAGCAGGGAGUUCUGCUGGACCAGGACCAGUUCUGUUGUUCUGUCUGUCUGGAUCUACUGAAGGAGCCGGUGGCUAUUCCCUGUGGACACAGUUACUGUAGGAGCUGUAUUGAGGGCUGCUGGGAUCAGGAUGUUCUGAAAGGGGUCUAUAGCUGUCCUCAGUGCAGACAGACCUUCACUCCAAGGCCUAAUCUGAGAAAAAAUAACAUGUUGGCUGAGGUGGUGGAGAAACUGAAGAAGACAGGACUCCAGGCUGCUCCCCCUCCUGCUCUGUGCUAUGCUGGACCUGUAGAUGUGGCGUGUGAUUUCUGCACUGGGACCAGAAAGCAGAAAGCCCUCAUGUCCUGUCUGGUGUGUCUGGCCUCUUACUGCGAGACUCACCUCCAAUCUCACUAUGAAUCUCCUGCUUUCAAGAAGCACAAGCUGGUCAAAGCCACUGCACAACUACAGGAAAAGAUCUGCUCUCAUCAUGACAAAUUGCUGGAGGUUUACUGUCGUACCGAUCAGCAGUGUAUCUGUUAUCAGUGUUUGAUGGAUGAACAUAAAGGCCAUGAUACAGUGUCAGCUGCAGCAGAGAGGACUGAGAAACAGUUUAAUAGCUCAUUGAAGAGUGAUUAUCCACAGAGGAAGCUAAGGAUGAGUCAGCAGAAGGUCCAGCAGAGAUUCCAGGAGAGAGAGAAGGAGCUGAAGGAGCUCCAACAGGCUGUGGAGUCUUUCAAGAGUUCUGCACAGGCAGCAGUGGAGGACUGUGAUCAGAUCUUCACUAAGCUGAUCCGCUCUAUUGAGAGAAGGAGCUCUGAGGUGAAAGAGCUGAUCAGAGCCCAAGAGAAGGCUCAAGUGAGUCAAGCUGAAGGACUCCUGGAGCAACUGAAGCAGGAGAUCGCUGAGCUGAGGAAGAGAAGCACUGAGCUGGAGCAGCUCUCACACACAGAGGAUCACAUCCAUUUCCUCCAGAGUUAUCAGUCUCUCUCUAGUAUCAGUGUAUCUUCAGACUUACCCAGCAUCGUUGUCCAUCCUCUUCAGUACUUUGGAGAUGUGAGUAAGACUGUGUCUGAACUGAGAGAGAAACUAGAAGACUUCCUUAAAGGAGAAUGGAACAAGAUCUCCACUACAGUGAAUAUAGUGGAUGUUGUACUGCCUCCAGAGCCCAAGACCAGAGAACAGUUUUUACAAUAUUCCUGUCAGCUCACACUGGACCCAAACACAGCACACACACACCUCUCUCUGUCUGAAGGGAAAAGAAAAGUGACCUAUACAGGCCAAGUCCAUCCAUAUCCUGACCAUCCAGACAGAUUUACCAACGACGAGCAGGUUCUGUGUAGAGAAGGUCUGUCUGGACGCUGUUACUGGGAGGUAAAGUGGAGUGGGGAGGAUGUUGAUAUAGCAGUCUCAUAUAAAAACAUCAGCAGAACAGAGACAGGUAAUGAUGGUGCAUUUGGAUACAAUAACAAGUCCUGGAGUUUACAGUGUUAUCGUGGUAGUUAUUAUUUCAGACACAAUAAUGUUAAGACUAAAGUAUCAGGCCGUCAGUCCUCCAGAGUAGGAGUGUACCUGGAUCACAAGGCAGGUACUCUGUCCUUCUACAGUGUCUCUGACACAAUGACCCUCCUCUACAGAGUCCAGACCACAUUCACUCAGCCCCUCUAUCCUGGGUUUUGGCUCAUUGGUACUGCUGAGCUGGUUAAACUGUAGUAGGGUCCAUAUAGAUACUAGUCAUGCUGGUAUAGUCUAUUGCUGAGCUGGUUAAACUGUAGUAGGGUCCACAUAGAUACUAGUCAUGCUGGUAUAGUCUAUAGCUGAGCUGGUUAAACUGUAGUAGGAUCCACAUAGAUAGUAGUCAUGCUGGUGGUGAUGGUCCCCAGAUAUAAUGGUCUGUUUUUCUGUACAAUAAUUUGUCUGACUGUAUAAUUGAAUUAAAAUGUAAUGUACUUAUUUUUAUCAAAUAUUUUAAUCUUGUACAUUUCCAUGAAUCAUGAUGUAUGGUGUUGAUGUAUAUUGGUAGUCAUUCAGAACCAUCGAUAUGUUUUCUCAAUUGGGUCUCUGUCUCUAUGUAGUUCUCCUCAGUGGCAUUGAACAGGUAGUAUCACUAAGUAACUAACUAAACUAUAUGGGAUAGGUACCAUCACUUACUAACUAACUAAACUAUAUGGGACAGGUACUAUCACUUACUAACUAACUAAACUAUAUGGGACAGGUACUAUCACUUACUAACUAACUAAACUAUAUGGGACAGGUACUAUCACUUACUAACUAACUAAACUAUAUGGGACAGGUACUAUCACUUACUAACUAACUAAACUAUAUGGAACGGACACAGAUUAAUCCUAGUCCUGGACUAAAAAGUAUGUUCAAUGUAGAGGUCCAGGAAACCGGCCCUAAAUUUGGCAUCUUUCAUCCUCCCAUACUGCUCAGUCAAGCAACAUUAAACCUGUCCAGCAGGUGGUGGUAUUGACCAAACAAUAAAACCAGCAGAUAUCUUGACUUGCCACUCAGUUUAUCAGUAAUGUUCAGAAUAGUACUUUAAUAUCAUUGGAGAUUUAUGGUCUUUUUAAUCCACUAUCCAGAGUCAGGAACAGAUGAAGUUGGGUCUGCUACUGUUCAGUGAUUAAAUAUGACUUAUGGUGAUGGGAAAUAAAAAAUACAACAUUAAA